UGUGUGUAGGUGUGUGUGGUUAUGUGUGUGUCUGUGUAUGGGUGUGUGUGUGUGGGCAGGUGUUACAGAAGGGCGGCACAGGGCCAGGUGUUCUUCCCUGUCAGCCUUUCACACACACCCACUGAGCAUCAGAUGAGCGCUGAUGAAGUUUUUACUGUCAGUUUUUGCUUUUUUCUGUUUGAAGCAGGUGGAUUUUACAGAUGGCUAAGAGCAGCAUCUCUCCGAGGAAAACUCUGAAGCGCCUGUUUUUCUCCAAAAGCACCGCAGACCUGCAGGAAUGCGGCGAGAAACAGGAGAGCAAAUUCCACACACUGUUCAAAUGGAGAGAGAAGAAGAAGGACAAGAGAGUGGAGUCUCCUGAACCUGCACCAGAAGAAGCGUACGAUGGAAGAGACUGGAAUGCUGCAUCUAUUUACGGCACUGUGCCCAGGUCAAAGAAAGGGGUGUUCUCUCGUUCUGAGACUGACCUCCAUAAACCCAAGCGCUUUGCCACCUUCUCUUUUGCCUGGAAGAAGAAGAAGAAGAACAGAAAUCUGUCUCAGAGCUCCUCAGGUAUCAAUGUGGAGUCAGAGGUCAGAGGUCACAUCAGAGAACCAGAGGAGGAGAAGAUCGAAGAACCUUCCCUCAGGCAAGAAGUGCAUUCUGAGCUAGCUGAGAUUGAAUCAGUGGAGAAUGAUGCUGGAAGCAUGCAAGGUGAAGAUCCGCAUGCAGUAGAUACGCUAGAUAACACCGAGGGCAUGUCUGUUUCACACAGCGACUCCUGGUUUUCUGACUGCGAUAGUUGCCUUACUCCUCUAGAAAGUCCUGAUUGGCGUUUUGAUGAGAAUGAAAUUGACUCUGACAGAAGUUCCUUAAGCUCAGUUGCCAUAAUGCCUGAAGGCCGCUGCUCACCAAUCGUUACCUCUUGCUUCAGCACUUCAGACCACUCCAUCAACAGCAGACUCAUAACAGUACACCAUCCGCGAAAGUGCAUCAGUGCUGAUAGCAGGGAUCACUCCUCCACACUUCAUCAAUGGGGCAUGGCCAGAAAAAAUCCACAGUGGAUCGUAUCACCUGCCUCCACCUUGGACUGGGAUGUAGCUGAGAAAUUCGAGGAGGUAAAUGCUAACUUGGCCCUGGGCUAUCCUGAACAAAGCCCCAGUCAGCUCAAUGAAAUCACUGAUUCUAAAAACAGACCUGCAGAUGACAGAGAUGUAUCACUUUACGAACCUGAGAUAGGAUUCCACAGGGACCGUUCUCCCAUCAUUGAUGAUACCAUUCAAGAAAAUGAAACUUUUAGGAAAAAUGAGGAGAACAUGGAUCAUGUUGCAGGUCCUGAUUGUGUUUUAUCCAUCUCACAAGAAGUUCCUGGAGAAUUAGUUCCUCUUUCCUGUCCUGAUGAUCCCGAGGUCAUCUACUCAACAACAGAAAUUAACAGCCACUCUUUUGCUGAAAAUGAUGGAAAUCCAGCUUCAGUAAAUAUUCCUCUAGCUUACCUUGAGACAGACCUCUCACCUCUAUUGACAAGAAGAAACAUCAUGGUAUCUGACCCUGACCCUGCAACCUUUGACCUCUUAAGGUCCUCAUACACCAGUGGCCUGAAUCACAGCAAUAACUUCUCAGAUCUGCUCUCUGAACCUGACCAUCCAAAGCAAGAACAAGAACCUCAAGAACCAACAGUCUCCACCAGUCUCUCAUUCGAUACGUUUAACAAAUCCUUCACUCCUGAAAGCAUCCGCUCCACUCCCACAGAUCACGUAACGAGAUAUUCUUACAUUUCUGAUUUUUUUCACCGAUCUUUCUCUGAAGACGACGAAUCAGAAAAUUGCAAAGGAAACAAUUUGGAAGCAGAUGAAUGUGUUGAAGAAGGAACUAAUGAAAUCUCAGCUCAAGCCAGUAGAUCUGCAGUGUUUGAGGAGACGUUCUAUUUAUCGGAAGAAAAGGAACCUCACGGUUUUACAGGAAAUAAUGAGCCUGUGUGUGGGACUGUGAUACGUGGAAAUGAAUUUUAUACCAUUAAUUCGAUUAACAGUAAUUUGAAUGAGUCAGUUAACAGGAAAUAUUUACAAGAUGAUGGAAAUGCAGUGAUGUUAAAUACAGAAGAAAACCUUACAAGAAAGCAGGAAAGUGACAUGGCAGAACCAAGAAGAUUUCAAACCGAGGACAUGCUUGGAUCUUCUUCCAUCACUACUGAGAUAAAGGAGAAUGUUGAAGAAAAGACAUUUGGCCUGGAACAGGUGUUUCUCAGGGAUGAAGGAGAUACACAAGUAGAAUUAAGUGGAGAAAGUGAAGCACCACCAGGUGAAGUCAACCAACAGCAUGCAGAUCUCACUAUUAUCAAACCAGACAUGCCAGUUCUGCAAGUGUGUGUGUCUGAGGAAUGUGUCACUGCCCCUCCCUUCAGUCUGCACAGUGAAGUGUCAGUCACGGACUGCAAGACAGAAACACACCCGUAUGUGGAGGCAGGGUCAGGCCACUCCCAAGAGUCUGGAUCUCCGAUACCACCACAAUGGGAGGACUCGACAGGGGGUGGAGCAAAUGACAAUGUUGUUAAGCUCCAUGUGGAUAGAGAAGACAUCCAUACACAGGAGCCAGAGACAAGCUCUGUCACCUAUUACCGAGUACCAAGAUUUGAAUCUGCUGAGCCACGAGGACUACCAGAGACCAGAAACACUUUCCAACAAAUUCAAGAGCGACAAAACGGUGCUGAGCAAGAGCACCAAGACGUUGUCGAGAAUCCCAUCCUCCAAUCAGAGAACGCAGCCGAUAGCAGUAGAGAUACCUGCGAAAUCCUCACGGAAAAAAGCAAUACUCCAGGAGGAAUCGUUGUUUGCAUCAGAGAGUUUGGUGAGGAAGAUCAUCAAGAAUCAACAAGAGAGAGGACACUCUCAAACCUUCAGCCUGCACCAAUACACACAUCAUUUGGCUGGUUCCCUCAUGCCUCAUUCCCUCUCCUCAGCACAGUAAUCGAAGAGUCUGACGCCGAGGUUCCCGUAGAAACCUGUCCUGAAUCAGACACAGACAUGAGUGUGUCUCAUGUUGGGGUGCUGAGCACCACGUUAACUCUAAAGCCCAAAGUGCCUCAGGAAAGACGAGAAGACGGCAAAAAAGUGCACAAGGUGUCGCUGGUGAACAACAGCAGCACCACAAACAGCUCCGUGCAUCAGAGACGUGUUGUGGAUGAAUUCGAAAAUUGGGUUAGAAACGAUGACACCGUGGACAGUGGAACCAGACAGGAGCUGGUGGACGACUGGAAGCCGAGGCACGACAAGUACCGUAUUUUUGAAGAAGAAUCGAGAUCUUCUUUAACAGACAGAUCGGAGUCUGAGGUUUCAGGUAGCACACACCUGUAUUCUUCACUCUCCAGCAGCUCCGAGUAUGAACCAACCGUGCGCUCCUCCCUCUCCUUCUCUUCUGAGCGAGAGUGGGAAACCCUGCCCUCUGCCGUCUCCUUGGACACAGCUGGUAGUCACGGUAACACUACCUGUUGGAAUGCGAGGAGCGAAGUCCAGGUGAGCAGCGAGAGCCAGGCAGGUGGGAGGAGCUGGGCAGGGCUUGCUGAACCUGCCAGGGAGAGUGAAGUAGAAAGAGACGGAGAAAAAAUAAAUACAGACUCGUAUUACAGAACAGAAGAGACGGACGAAUUCCUCUCCGGUGUCUUCAAGGCGACUCGUGUGGAGCUUUCUCCCACUGACGCCGAUCCGGAAAGCCCAGCUCUCGCCUCUCCACAUGACAUGGACACUCUGGUGGACACGCUGAAAAGCAUGGCGCCUCCUGUUCGACACCGGUCCCUACGCGGCACCUCCAGUCUGCCCUUCUCGUCUCUGCCGCCGAUUGUUGAAGAUGCCACCGGCACCGCUGCUCUUGGGGUUGGGGUUUCCGGUAUCUCCAGCCCGACCUCUCCUGCACCUGCUGAAACUUUCAACAGCCUGCCGCCGGACCUGGGGUUGAACUGGAGCACCUCCAAAGAUAUGCGUUCUCCUCUGACAAUGAUGACCAUGCUAAAGGAGCAGCAGGGUCAGGAUCCACAGGGACGCUCUCUUAUCUUACCGCAGAGAGCUUCAGCUCUCAAUAGCAUCAUCAUGCGCAAGAGCUCGCUUCCAAACCUCAAACUGGAUGAGGGAUCUCACGUUAAUGGUAUUUUCGGAACCUCACGUCUGGACCACAGCCUGCUGUUUUCCAAUUACCGAUCCGAACAAACGGAAGAGAACGGCAAGCCGUCAGGUCACCUGUCUCUCUUCCGAGCAGCCUCGUUGCCUGAGGUUAACUCCGGACACGACUACCUCAGCAAGAUUUCCGGACCGGACUCGUUGGGGUCUGUAGGGUCCUCUUAUGAGCUGUCCUUCCUCACGUCGCCCCCAAGCUCCCUUCCAGGGUUGAUCGAGACGUCUCAUAUCAGCAGGAGCCCUUUGAUCAUCCACAGCCCCACUCCUGAGAGUCCUACCUCCAACAACACACCUUCUGUGUUGCACAGCCUUUCACCAGAAUCAUCAGUUAAACCCCCGAGCCUGCAGCGGAGCCUCAGCGCCGGCGCGUCUUCCAUCGGAUCGCCUCUCCAUAAUGACCUCGGAAACAAGUUCGGUGUUACCCAGGAGCCUGGACCGGACAGGAACCUACUGGCCAAGUACAAAGCGUUCCCAGAUGCCUACCUCACUAAAGAGAAAGAACACGGCAAACUGAACCCUCGGCCUGGGAAGAUGUUCAUAUACAAUCGUCCAGGACGGCAAGGACAGAGGAUCGAGGUGAAAGGAGACGUGAUGGACGCUACGGAGUGGGAGUUUCCAGAAAGCAUCUCCAUCAGAGUGGUCCGAGGAGGCUGGGUUUUGUACGAGAAGCCGGAGUUUAAAGGAGAGAAGUUUGCACUGGAUGAGGGAGACAUCGAGCUGACGAAUCCGUUCAGACCGCCGGAGGACGAGCCGAGAGCCGAGCAGAACGGAGAACAGGAGAACGGAGAACCCACACACGCAGAACCGAGACGCUUCGUCAUCGGGUCACUGCGCAGAGCAGUGAGGGACUACAGCGUUCCUGAGAUCUGUCUCUUCCCCGAGGAGAACGCUGAGGGAAAGAAAGUGGUGUUCAGGGACACAUCAGACGACGCCCGAAUCUACGGCUUCCCCAUUAAAGCCAACUCCAUCAUCAUCAACGCUGGGCUGUGGCUGGUGUUCGCAGAGCCGUUUUUCCAGGGCGUCCCGCGGGUCCUGGAGGUCGGAGGCUUCCCAAAUCCAGCCGCCUGGGGCGUCACACACCCCUACAUAGGCUCACUACAUCCUCUCAAAAUCGGAGAACCGAGAGUGGAGAGACCCAGCGAGCCGAAACUGGUGAUCUACGACAAACCGUAUUUCUCCGGGAAAAGCCGAGAGAUUUACACCAACAUGAGAGACUUCAUAACCAAAACAGACCAACAGCAAACGGCCUUCAUGUACAGCGUCGGGUCCAUGAAAGUCAUCGGUGGCGUAUGGGUGGGUUAUGAGAAGGAGGGUUUUCGUGGACAUCAGUACCUGCUGGAGGAGGGCGAGUAUCACGACUGGAGGACGUGGGGAGGCUGCGACUCCGAACUGCGCUCGGUCCGGGUCAUCCGAACUGACCUGAGCAACCCCAUGGUGGUGAUGUUCGAGAUGUCGAGUGAGGAGGUGGAGGAGGAGCACACGUUCGAGGUGACGGAGGCCGUGCCCGAUGUGGAGCUGUUUGGUUUCCACACGUCUACGCGCUCCAUCCACGUGAUCAGUGGAGCGUGGGUGGCGUACUCUCACGUGGAUUACUCAGGAAACCAGUACGUCCUGGAGAAAGGUUUCUACAACAACUGUGCCGACUGGGGCUCGGGAGAUAACCGGAUCUGCUCCAUCCAGCCCAUCCUGCCCGCCCUGGCUGAUUCUCAGGCUGUACGCAGCGAGCUGCUGUUGUACACGGAGCCGAAUUUCCAGGGGACGUGUCAGGUUCACUGUGAGAGCGAGGAGUUCCUGUCUGAGAGACGGACAGUGCAGUCCUGCAGGGUGGUGGGAGGAAGCUGGGUUCUGUACGACAGGAACAGCUUCUCGGGGAACCAGUACGUUCUGUCAGAAGGAGAUUACGCGAAUCUCACCAGCAUGGGCUGCGCCGAUAACUGCGUCCUGAGAUCUGUUAAACCCGUCCCGAUCUUGUUCACGGUGCCGGCCAUCUCUCUGUACGGUUUGGAGUGUUUCGAGGGACGCGAGGUCUCCAUGGAAACGGAGGUGUCCAGUAUGAUGGAAGAAGGGUUUAAUCCUCACUUCCUGUCUGUGAGGGUCAACAGCGGCUGCUGGGUGCUAUGUGAGCACUGUAACUACAGGGGGCGCCAGUUCCUCCUCGAACCCAUGGAGAUCACAAACUGGCCCAAGUUCAGCUCGCUCACAUCCAUCGGCUCCUUGUACCCGAUCCGAGAGAAGAGGCGAGUGUUCCGGAUCCGUUAUAAGGAGAGCGGACUCUACGUGUCGGUGCAGGGCGGAGUGGACGCUUUGAAGACAGGACGCGUGGUGGUGUCUGAGAACGUGGAGGGUCUGAGCGACGUGUGGUUCUAUCAGGACGGCCUCAUCAAGAACAAGUUGGCACAGGCGAUGAGUCUGCAGGUCGUGGGCAAUGUGGAACCGGGAGCGAAGGUGGUUCUGUGGUCAGAAACCCGAACUCCUGUUCAGACCUGGAGCGCCAAACUGAGCGGCUCCAUCUCCAGCCUCACCUUCCCCGGCCUGCUGCUGGACGUCAAGGGUGGUAAAACGUACGAUAAGGAGCAUGUGAUUGUUCGGAACGAGGCUGAAGACACCCCCACUCCACUAUGGGACAUAGAGUUCAUCUAAGCCCCGCCCCCUUUUCAGUCACUUUGACCUUUAUUUAAUAUUUAUUCAGUCAUCAAGGACAACACAUUCAGCACAUGAAGGUGCAGGUUACAUCAGCUUGAAAAAUAUUAUGACGUCUGUCCACAUGGGGGAGCUCGAGAGUAAACAAAGAAACAAAAAAUCUCCAAUUAACUCCAGAGCGUAAAGUUUUAAUGCCAGCGUUUUGGAUUAAUUUGCAUCUUUUCAGAUUUAGUUUUUUUGCUGAUGUGGAACACGGUGCAGUUACAGUGAAGAAAUUUACACACAAAAACAUGAAAUUAAAUAGGAAAGUUCUAUGUCUGGUGCACAAAUAUUGUUAGAAAUUUACUUGCGUGAACUUUUUAACUUUUUAGCCCAGAAAUCAUUAACUAGUAUUACAGUAAACCAUUAAACAUGCUAACACAUGAACUAGCACAACAGUAACCAUGCUAAUUCCUAAGACACACUAGCAUUACAGUAAACAACUAGCAUUACAGUAAACAUGCUAACACAUGAACUAGCAUUACUUUACAUAUAUAAAUAAUGUCGUUUGAAAAAAUUAAUGAGAUAUGAAACAUAAAAAUAAUUAGCUUUUACAUAAACAUACUAACACAUGAACUAGCAUUGUUGUAAAUAACUAGCACACAUUUAAACCUGCUUAAUUAUGACCUGCAUUGCAUUAAAUUGGCUAACAGAUGAAUUAGCAUGAUAAGUGGGCUAAUCAUGAAAUAACAAAACUUAUUUUUAUUUAUAUAAAUCAGUAUCGUAGUGCAUUUGAAGGCUACAAGAUUAGCGUCUGUCACAACAGCAUGGCGGCCAUUUUAACUAUUUCUGUUUGUUUUUUUGUACGUUAGCUCACACUGUUCUUCCCCUCGCUGCGAUUAUCGUUACAUUGGUCUUAGCUACGAACUGCUUAACAGCUAAGUGUGUUUACUGACAGUGUUAAGUUCAUAAAAUGAUGAAUAAAGGUACGUAGAGGUCACCUGAGGUCACAGCGGAAAGGUGGUGAACCGCUUUCUGAGCAGAUUUACGCUGGAACAAGAGCGAAACAGCUCGGAACGCUCGGAACAUUUUGCCUUUUUGGACACGGACUUUGUUUAUAACGCUUUAUAACACAUUAUAACGCUUUAUAACGUGGACUUUGAUGAAACAGUUUUAUUGUUUAACAUGUAAAUGUGAUAUUAAUAAUGAAGACACUCACAUUAACAAUAAUGUCUAUUCUAACUGGGGUGUGUGCUGGAUCUGUGUGUGUGUGUGUGUGUGUGUGUGUGUGUGUGUGUGUGUGGGUGGGUUUAACUUUCAUUAAAUGCCAAAUGACACACGUGUUACUCUGAGUAUUCAUCCAUCAUCCAUGUUUUUUUUUUUUUGUAAACAUUGUUCUGUAACUUUUAUUUUUCAAAGUGCAGUAUGAAUUAUUCUGUAACAGGGAGUGGAUUCAAUUUUUAAAAAAUAAAAAUAAACAACACAGA